GUCAGUCACAUUUUGGCAACAGGAACGACCACAAAGGGCGGAAAAGCAAUCGACCGGCAGCGUCAACGUCGUUUUCUUUGAGAUGGUGCGAUCCAGGAGGCGCGCGGGCGCCCCUGCUCCUGUGAAUCAGCUGUCAAAUGGUAUCUCCCGUCUCCCCCCGCCUUUCCCCGGAUGGACCGCGCCGCGGAAGCCCGGCAGCCUGCGCGCUGACACGGGAGCAGGUUGCCCGCCGCUCGCUUCUCCGCCUCCUCCUCCUCCUCCUCCUCCUCCUCCUGCCGCAGGUCUCGGGGACAGAACCUCGAGGGAGACGUUCCGCGUAGCGACCAAAACCCGACAAAAGACAAGAGUCGAUUUAUUUCUUCUCUGCGGCCCCCUCCACCCAUGGCGUCCAACUUUAACGACAUAGUGAAACAGGGAUACGUGAGGAUACGAAGUAAGAAACUGGGGAUCUUCCGAAGAUGUUGGCUUGUAUUCAAAAAGGCAUCGAGUAAAGGGCCGCGGCGCUUGGAGAAAUAUCCCGACGAGAAGGCCGCCUACUUCAGGAGUUUCCACAAGAUCACUGAGCUCCAUAAUAUCAAGAACAUUAGCAGGAUGCCAAGAGAGACCAAGAAGCACGCUGUGGCCAUUAUCUUCUGUGACGACACAUCCAAGACAUUCGCCUGCGAAUCAGAGCUGGAUGCGGAGGAAUGGUGCAAACUGCUGAGCGUGGAGUGCCUGGGCAGCCGUCUCAACGACAUCAGCCUGGGCGAGCCAGACUUGCUAGCAGCGGGGGUGCAGCGGGAACAGAACGAGCGUUUCAACGUUUAUCUAAUGCCCACCCCGAACUUGGACAUCUACGGAGAGUGCACCAUGCAGAUCACCCACGAGAACAUCUACUUGUGGGACAUCCACAACGCCCGCCUCAAACUCGUCAUGUGGCCUCUAAGCUCGCUCCGCAGAUACGGCCGAGACUCCACCUGGUUCACAUUUGAGUCGGGAAGGAUGUGCGACACAGGCGAGGGCUUGUUCACGUUCCAGACACGAGAGGGGGAGAUGAUCUACCAGCGCGUCCACUCGGCCACUCUGGCCAUUGCACAGCAGCACGAGAGGAUGAUGGAGGAAAUGGAGAAAAGCUCCCAGGUGCGCUCUUCAGAGACGCUCAGCAAGUCCAUCUCGCUGCCCCGCAGCGCUUACUGGCAGCACAUCACGCGACAGAACAGCGUGGGAGAUCUUUACAGUUACCAAGCGAGUAGCACGUCGAUGGCAUUUAUCCCUCGAGCGCAGACCUUCCACAACUUCCUGUCCCACGAACCACGACGGGAAGCGGAAGAGAAAGAGGAAGCCGGGAAGCAGUGUCAGCAAGAGGCGCCGUCGCCCUCUAGUGGUCGAACGCCCGCUUGCAGCCGGAGGCCGCUCCAAUGACGACCGUGCGGACUUGACUGAGGACACUUUGGGGCAGAGCUCCCCUGUAGAUAGACUCCAUGUACAACUGUGUGUAUUAUAUGGCGUCUUUCCCUCGUUUGUUUUCUAUGUUGUGUGACAGCAGAAGUAGCGUCUUAAACUAGAGGUACCAGAUCAGAGUUUAUAUGAAUGUCCUUUUUCAUUUUCCAUCCCUUUUUUUGUCACUCUGCCUAAAUGGCAUGUCAGGAUUUACAAGACUGGUGCCAUCUGGGACAUGAAUGACAUCACCAUGAAACGUGUGGUAGAACACCUUAUUAAAGCUGACAUAUCAGAAUCAUUACAGUAUAUUUAAAAUAUACUAAUAUCCCAUUUUGAGAUUUUUAGCGAGGUAUUUAUUAUUGUGAUUGUAGUUUGCAUUGCAUCAUAUUGCCGGUCCACCGACACUUUACAUUUUCAGAAGACAUUAAUUUAGCCUUUUUCAACCUAAAAUGUUACCUAAAAUGCAUUUUAGCCCCAUUUACACAUUACACGUUAUCACAAAUAAUACAAAACUGAAUAAAAUACUUUAGAAUAAAAAUGUUAUUUAAAUAAAACAUCUACUUGUUAAAUAUUUUAAAAUUGAGUUCCAUUUUCUUUUCUUUCCCAAUCAGCAUGUAGUUUGCCCUCGCUAAGUCAUUGAUGUCUAAUAAUGACAGAAACACAACACAGUAAUGCAAAUAUAUCUUGACAAGGCAGCAUAGUAAAAGCAAAAUACAAAAUGUAAAAAUAAAUUGUGCUACCCCAUUUAGGUUACUGAUUUUAGCCCCCUUUCCACUUUCUGUGCUCAUGUAAAAAGUGCCUUCUGACUCUCUGAGAGCCCUCGUAACCUUUCUUGUGGUUUGUUAUGAUGUACACAAAAUUAGCGCUGUCUGACCUGCUGGCAUAUUCAUAUCUUUAGUAAUAAAUCCAGAAAUGAUGACAUCAUGUCAAGAUUUUCGGUCCUUUGCUGGCAAUUUAUUUGAACGUCAUUAUUUAGUCUGUGUCGAAACAAAGCCUGUAGGCAUUGAUAGAAAUGUACAAACAGUUGUUCCACAUUUCCCGACCAGUGCGUCACGUUGUGGGUGUGUGUUUUAUUUAUGAAAAUCUAUAAAUGUCAUGUUUGUUUUGUGUGGUCAGAACACAUCAAUAGCACUUUUGUCUAUGUUAC